GCUCGGAGGCCACAAGCUAACUUGAGCGUAGACUUUAUUUCGUCUGUGUGGGCUCGGGAGCGUCCAGUGUCACCACCCAGCAUUAGCUUAUGUUUUUCUCGUAUUUAAUUGGCUUUGUUGGUCUGGGAGGCAGAUACAUUAUCAUAGAAAGCGUUGGGCAACUGUGAACUGUAGGUAAUGAUGAGGCGAGCUAACCCAGUGUGGUUUUAUCCGGGAUGGAGCCUCUCGUUAGCCGUCCUCCUGCAUCACCCGAGGGGAUGAGGACGGAGGGCCUCUAACGUUAUCUCUGCACUGUUGCUGAUAACGGUCUGUGUGACACUGAGCUGCAGAGCACCUGGAUCUCCACCAGACACGAAAACCACCUGCUGUCCCCACUUGGUUUUGUUUUCAUUGUUUACAUCUCUUUCACCAGAGGGAGGCUUUGCUCAAACAUCUGAAGAAAGCACAGACCAGUAUUUCAUCGCAGCUGUUUUAAAGACUUUACCGUCCCUUUCUUGGAAUUGUAUUUAGCUGAGGUUCGGAAACCGAUUAAUGGUGAAAGUGAUGAAAUUCAUACAUUGAUACUGCCCAAGAGGGCAACGUCAAGAUGGUCACUUGUGCCUGUAUUGAUUCUCUGUUCAACGUGAGGAGAAGCUCCAUCCCCUAGUUAUCUUGAUGAAGGCCUUUUUCUGACAAAAGACAAGGGCCACUUGGGGCCAGGAAGUGGACUGCAGUUCCUCCUCUGCCAUCUGUUCUGCCCUCUGAUUUCAACUCUCUAAUCAAUUUCGCCGCCCUCCUGACUUCAAGAUGGAGCUCUUCGUCAACCCCUUUGACAACUUGGUGUGUAUCCUGCUGGGUAUCUCCUUCACCGUGUGGUUCACCCUACUGCUGGUCUUCAUUAUCGUGCCUGCCAUCUUUGGGGUGUCCUUUGGUAUCCGACGUCUUUACAUGAAAACGUUGUUGAAGAUCUUUGAGUGGGCCACACUUAGGAUAGAGAGAGGAGCGAAAGAAAAGAAUCACCUCCUGUACAAACCGUACUCCAAUGCAAUCAUUGCCAAGGAGCCCACGUCCUUGGAGCAGGAGAUCAAGGAGAUCCGGCGGAGCGGCAGCAACAGAGACCUGGACUCAGCCUCUGAGUUUGAGAUGUCUGACAUCUUCUAUUUUGCCCGGCGAGGAGUGGAGAGCAUUAUGGACGAUGAGGUGACCAAGAGGUUCUCUGCUGAAGAGUUGGAGUCCUGGAAUCUGCUGACUCGCAGCAACUACAACUUCCACUACAUCAGCCUGAGGCUGACCGUCCUAUGGGGGCUGGGCCUGCUGAUCCGCUACGGCUUCCUGCUGCCUCUCAGGGUAACUCUUGCCUUCACUGGUGUAGGCCUCCUUGUGUUCCUCACUUCUCUCGUUGGGCUGCUGCCGAAUGGAAGGAUGAAAAACUUUCUGAGUGAGAAAGUCCAUUUGAUGUGCUACAGAAUAUGUGUCCGAGCUCUGACGGCCAUUAUAACAUACCACGACAGUGAGAAUAAACCCAAGAAUGGAGGCAUCUGUGUCGCCAACCACACGUCGCCCAUUGAUGUCAUCAUACUGGCCAGCGAUGGCUGCUAUGCUAUGGUUGGCCAAAUUCACGGUGGCUUGAUGGGAGUCAUUCAGAGAUCCAUGGUCAAGGCCUGCCCACACAUUUGGUUUGAACGCUCAGAAGUCAAAGACAGACAUCUAGUGGCCAAAAGACUGAGUGAUCAUGUUGAAGAUAAAUCUAAACUGCCCAUUCUUAUUUUCCCAGAAGGCACCUGCAUUAACAACACGUCAGUUAUGAUGUUUAAGAAAGGCAGUUUUGAGAUUGGUGCCACAGUCUACCCCGUGGCCAUCAAGUAUGAUCCCCGAUUUGGAGAUGCCUUCUGGAAUAGCAGCAAGUUUGGCAUGGUCAACUACCUGUUACGUAUGAUGAGCAGCUGGGCCAUCGUCUGCAGUGUGUGGUACCUCCCUCCCAUGUCUAGAGAGGAGGGAGAGGAUGCUGUACAGUUUGCCAAUCGUGUAAAGGCAGCCAUAGCCAGGCAAGGGGGGCUGGUCGACCUCCUAUGGGAUGGAGGAUUGAAGCGAGGAAAGGUAAAAGACACCUUUAAAGAAGAGCAGCAAAAGCUGUACAGUAAAAUGCUGGUGGGCACCCAAGAAGACCGCAGUCGCUCCUGAAGGACGUGUGUGUAGGUGGACUGGCUCAGAGACCCUCUUGGGCAGCUCUGACUAAAUAGGCAGUCGGCAGGGCUCGCUCUCUGUUCGAGCUCCUGGACUGGAAAAUUCCCUCUCAGAUGUCAGCAGUACUCCAUUUGGCUUCCUCGGUCACUGCCUCAGUCUGGCAUGUUCAGUUUGCAUCGCUGUUACGGGUCUUUCUGAGUCUGCUGCCUUUUGUCGGAAUAGCUCGACUGAAGCCUUGCUAGCAUUAGAAAGAAAAAGAGAAUUGUCUUCCUCGGUGGCAGUCUUAUGAGGGAAAACUUGUAUUAUUAUCUAUCCUUGAGUUCCAGUCUUUGUUUGAUAGUUUCAAACUUUUAAAUUUUCAUUUUACUGUCAUGUUUGUAUCGCACUGUGUUAACAUUACAGAUCUUAUACCUGGGACGUAGAAGAAGAUUUAUUGUAGAUAAAAACUAGUUUGUUUUAAAGCUAAAACCUAUGACUGAGUUGGAGUUUUGCAUGACCGGCACAUGCCCAUGAUCGAGGGCACUGUGCCACAUUUUGUUACAUUUCAAAUAUUUUUAUGGGCUUUUUCCAAGAGGAAAAAAAACUUGUAUUUUGAGCUGUGUGUUUUACAUUAAGGACUUGUAUCUACACAUGGUUUUUCCACGGAAUGUGUAAAUCCUCACAUUAUGAAGUGGAAAUUGUGCACCCACAGUUACUGAUGGAGGUUUAUGGACGGAGGCAGAUAUUCCUGUUCCAGCUAAUGGAAGGGUUUAUAGUCCAUUCAUUAAGAAUUUAUUUUAGAUGCUUUUAGCAUUGUGCCUUUAAGGCUCAUGGCGCACAGGUAGUGACAUAGGAUGAUGACCAUCACAAUUGAUCUCCAGACUAAAACAGUUAUAAUGAAAAUUAGCUGGUACGUGUUCAUACUAAUACACUUCCUAAAAGCCAUCCUGUUUUUAUUGGCUUCCUGAUCGUGCAGUCACCAUCUUGCCUGAUUUAUUUUAAAGAAACUCUAAACACUAUUGUCUUUAUUUCCCUUCUCAUCAGUUAUCUUUCUCUUACUUGACAGCCUCUUCAGGGAGGUUUUUAGGAGAGACAGAGUGCGGAUGUGGUUGCGACUCCCCUUGAGGCUGAGGAACAUGGUGGGCAGCCUCGUAGGUUUAUCCCUGAGGCUUUUGUCCCUCUAGUUUGCUGGCAUCAGGGAUAGUGGUUUAGAUCAUGUCAAAUCUGUUCAUCACAAUAAAUGUUCAAGAAUAUGACUCGA